AUUACUAAAAUUAGAAUUAUGUAUCUCAAUAAAAGAUAUGAAAUUAUUUUUAAAACGUCAUCUUCUUUCUUCAUUUUCUCACUUCAUUCAAGGUUAGGGAUCGAUAAACAAAUCAAUGUGUUGCUUCAACUUGCGGCGCCCUUUGACACGCGGUUGCAGAGGAAUGCUUGCUUCCAGGUUUCUCCUCAGAGCCAAUCCUGCUUUGCUAGUCGGCAAGACUUGCGUACGAUCAAGGCACCUACCAUUUUUACUGGGAUGCUCUUAUCACUCCGGUUUCAAGUAUAAUUCUGAGAUGGACUUGAAAGAAAAUUUGCUGGCUUCUAAGGUGCAGGAGAAGCAGAAAGUAGUAACUCAAGUAUGGAGACCAGUCUCGACUCUGUCAACUUCUUGUGAGGGUAUAAUUUCUGAGGGUGGUGAUGCUAAAGAAGCUGACUCAAAUUUGUGCCCAAACACAUUUUAUACUUGUACUGAAGGAAGUAAUACUACAGGAGAUACACCACUUGUUGAUGAGAAACAAAUUUCAGUGGCUGAGAAGCAUUCAAUUUCAAUACAGACAGGGGCUGCUUUGAUGCGUUUCAUUAAAGGGAAAGGGGGAAUUACACAGAAAAAAAUUGAGGAGGAUCUUGGUGUUCAAAUUUCUUUUCCUUCAUCCCAAAAGGAAGAUUCUCUUACAAUUGAAGGCAAUUCCCCUGAAAGUGUUGCAGAAGCCUCAGAAAGAAUCAAGAUAAUAAUUGAUGAGGCACUUAAUAGCACAGCUCUGGACUACUCCCACUUCGUGUCACUUCCCUUGUCCAUACAUGCUGAUCUGGUAAAUAAGCUCAUCAACUUUCAAAGCUCAAUUCUUGGAGCAACAGAAGUUAAUGAAGAAGGGAAUUCAGAAAGCAAUUCAAAUGGAGACACUUCAAGUGAGGAAGAGGGUAAGAAUAUUAGUAAAACUCCAAAGGUUGUGGCAGAACCCAAGACUAAAAAUGAUGGAGAGCAUGCUAAAGUUGAUGUGCCUAAGAUAUCACUUGUGAGUUAUCCACCUAAAGUGUCAUCAAAACUGUCAGGGAUUCAGAAGUCCACUUUCAUUAAUCCAAAAAUGCUACACCUUACUGUACUCAUGCUGAAAUUAUGGAAUAAGGCCAGAGUUGAAAAGGCUGUUGAGGUUUUGCAGAACGUGUCAUCAAAAGUAAUUGAUGCCUUGGAGAACCGGCCUAUCUCUGUACGCCUUAAGGGGUUGAAGUGCAUGAAAGGCUCAUUCGCCCGUGCUCGAGUUCUAUAUGCACCUGUAGAAGAAAUCGGCAAUGAAGGGCGGCUUUCACGUGCUUGUCGAAGAAAUGGCGUAAAGGGAUUCUCCCAUUCGAUGCAACAGCCAUAUACGAACGCUAUGGAUCUGAAGAAUGGGGAGAUUAUCCUAUUGGUGAAGCCCAUCUCUCACAGAGGUUUGUGUAUGAUGAAAAUGGGUACUACCAUUGCUGUGCUUCCAUUCCAUUUCCCGAAGGCUCUUAGGAAUCUGCUCUUAGGAAUCUGGGUUUGCAUGGUUUCUAAGGUUAUGAUCAUCCAAUCUCAUUGAACAUCUUGUUAGAUUCAUUGGCAUUACAAAAUGUUGGUUUCAAUGCAUUCUUGAUUAUCUUCCUAGACAGUGUGCAAACCAAAACAAUAUGGUUCGAAAUAGAAAAGCCAUUUCUUAAUAAAAAAAAACCCCCGAAGAAUGAAAUACGGAAUACUAGAUAAAUUGAUUUAAAAAAUAAAAUGCAAUGAUUCCC